GGAAAAGUUGGUCUUUGAAAAGAAAAAUAAUUUUUUUAUAUCCUAUUUCCAUCAUAAAUAUGAAAAAAUCAGUGAUUUUUAUCAUAAUUGCAAUAUUUGCGGUGAUUGCAGUAGCAACGAUUUUAUUUCAAAAUAAAAAUUCAAUAAAGCGCUACAUAAAGCGGCAUUUUCAUGACUUUCCUGAUGAAAAACGAGAUUAUCAACCAUAUUUUGGUCAACUAAAUUUUGCCAUUUCUCUAUUGGAUUCAUUACAAAAGGAAAAUCCAAAUCAAAAUAUCGUGUAUUCACCGCACAGUAUAUAUCAAGCACUUUUAUUAGUUUACUUUGGCGCUGGUGGUGAAACAGAGGAAGAACUAAAACAUUAUUUAGGAUUGAAUUGGGCCAAAAGCAAAGAUGAAGUUGCGAAUAUAUAUAAAUUGGAGAAACAAGUGCGAGAUAAUCGAUUUCGAAAUCAAUCAAUAAUACUUUAUUCAGUUAAUAGAUUAUACGUUGCACAGGACAUCAUCUUGCGUGAUUCGGUCAAAAGAUUAUUGAACGACAGUAUUGAACAUCUUAAUUUUGUUACUGAUCCAUAUCAAUGUAUACAACAUAUAAACCAAUUCGUUGCAAAUGUUACAAAGGGUCAUAUCAAAAAUGUUAUCGAUGGAGGAAUAAACUUAAUGUUCGUUAUUGUCAAUGCUCUUUAUUUUCAAGGAAAAUGGGCUAACAACUUUUAUCACACUGGUCGGAAUCUAUUCUAUCCGGCCCAUGGCAAACCAGUUUAUGUUGAUAUGAUGCAAGGUCGCAGAUCGGCCGAAUAUGGUGUAGUAAAAAGUUUAGACGUACAAUACCUGAAACUACCAUAUGAGGGAGCAAAAGGCUCGAUUUCAAUGUAUAUUUUCUUGCCAAACAUCGAUUCGGUAAAUAUUGAUGAAAUAUUAGAAGACUUUACGGCGGAGAUUUUGGAUUAUGUAUUCAGCGGUGUACGAUCAAUUUACGGUGACGUUGACAUUAAACUCCCAAAGUUUACAAUUGAAAAACAGUUUCAUUUGGAAUCGGUAAUGCAACGUAUGGGGAUGAAAAAUUUGUUUAAAAAUCCAAAUUUUAGUGAUUUAUUUGAAUCUAAGGAAAGAAAAUUGAAUACUAAAUUGGUACAUAAGGCAAAAAUAAAUGUUGAUGAACGAGGUACAAUAGCCGUGGCUACUACAGGUUCGAUUUUAUGGCCUAUAUCUUUGAAAUAUUAUAAGGAUUUUUAUUGUAAUCAACCGUUUUUGUAUGUAAUUCAUGAUCAAAAAUUCAAAGAAAUCUUAUUUGCUGGCAUUUAUUACGGACCCAACUUAUAGGGAUUCAAUAAAACUUAAGAACGAAAUAGAAAAUGUUCAAACGAAAUAUUUUUUUCGAGGUAAAAAUCACUUCUAAAAAUUACUUUUACAAUUAGCUUUGCAAUUACUGUUUUACAAAAAAAAGUAAGCUUGCGUACGUAAGCCUCUUUAUUUUUAAAAAAGAAAUGGAAAGCUAUAACUUUAGAUAUCUGUAUAACUAAGAA